CCCUCCUCUGGCUGUUGUUCUGCGUGCCAUUGCCACGUUCGCUAGUUUCGAAAUCUUUUCUUUCCCCUCUUCUCCCUAUCUUCUCUCUUCUUCCAAACAUGCUAUAAUAAGAGACAGACAGAGACACAGAGAGAGACAGAGAGAGCGAAGAGAAAACAAAAAAAAAUCAAAAUGGACAACCGCGAAAGCAGCCGGAGCAAGAGGAGCAGCAACCGGUCGAUGUCGUCGGACACCGACUCGCAGAUGGACACCUUCCACUCGCCGCUCCGAUCUGAGUCCCCUCUCCGCUCCGACGACCCGGACCCGCCGCCCGACAAGUCUCCGGCCAAGUCCCCCUCCAAGGCGAUCGUCGCCUUCGACAAGUACUACUCGCCGCUGCGAUCGCCCAACUACGGGCACAAGGCAGUGAACGCGCCUCUGCCGCCUCCGCCGCCGGUGAUGGUGUUCAACCGGGCGGUCAAGGAGGACGUGCCGUCGGGGGUGACGAAGCUGGGGCCGGCCGGCGGCGGCGGAGAGGAUGGGGAUUUGGAGGACGGUGAUGGUGGAGUGGGAGGAGAGAGGAGGUCGAGGGCGGCGGUGGCGGCGAUACUGCGGCGGACGAGGCGGGAGAUGAUGCUGCAGAGGGCGGAGUUGGGAUUUAGGGUUUGCGAGAUGCUGCUGUGCUUGAUUUCGUUCUCAGUUAUGGCCGCUGAUAAGACUCAGGGCUGGAGUGGAGACUCCUUUGAUCGCUACAAGGAAUACAGGUACUGUGUUGCUGUGAAUGUUAUUGGAUUUGUAUAUUCAGGGUUCCAAGCAUGCGAUCUAGCCUACAAUUUGAUCACUGGGAAAAGUUUCAUCAUGCACCACCUCCGUUACCACUUUGAUUUUGCAAUGGACCAGAUUCUGGCAUAUCUUCUGAUAUCAGCUUCAUCUUCUGCGGCCACCAGGGUAGAUGAUUGGGUAUCAAACUGGGGAAAAGAUGAGUUCACAGAGAUGGCUAGUGCGUCAGUUGGGAUGUCAUUCGUGGCUUUUGUCGCCUUCGCCAUCAGCUCUCUCAUAUGUGGCUACAAUCUCUUUAGCCACAGCAUGGCCUGAUCUCAGCCAAUCACCAUGGAUAUUAUGCCUAACCCAAAUCCUUAAGGGCAAGAGGGAAUUGGAUUAAACAAAGAUUUAGAUGGGACGAAGUCUGAAAUUGUACAGGAGACAUUUAUGGUAGGUUCAUAGCAGUUUUUUCUUCUUAUUAUCACACACUGAAGAGGGGUUUCGCCAGGAUCUAUUAGGUUGGUUGGAUCUCUUGUGGACUUUAAAAUAUUUGCAUGUAUUUAUGAAAAGAAAAAUAAAAAAAAUCACUUUUUAGUUGCAUGUAAGAAACCAUUUUUUUUUCGCCUCUUUGAUCGAUUGAUAAAAUUAAAUAACAUUGCUCCUAUUCUGUGUUAUUCAGA